AUGCAAUGCAUGAGUAACACGCCAAUGAAUCAACGACAUCAAAUAUCUCCAACGCGAGAAUCAGAAGAGUCGUACAUCUACGUGGAUCUGAAAGCGUCAUCGUGCGGAUUGAAUGUCGCGGAUUCUGGAAGCAAGAUGAAAGCAGUUGGAAAAGAAGAAGGAGAACGAGAAGAAGACGUAUGUGUCGUCUUCAAAAUUGUCGGAAAAAAGUUGAGAAGAAACAGACAACGACAGGAGAAAAAAGAAGAAAAAAGGAAAUUGAAUGGGCAGUGA